AUGCUCAACAUGCUGCUGCUCAAGCUUUUCAUGGCUCUGGCCGCUCUCGUGUCUGCAACUCUAGCUGCGAAGCAUGGAGAUUACGUCCUGCCGGACCAGCCCCUUUCCGACCCUCAGUAUGAAUCUGAGUACACCACCAGCAUUGUCUUCGUCGAUGUCAUUCCGGCCGUUACCACCUCCACCGUCUUCGCAACCUACGAGGUUACCGUCACGAGCUGCCCCAGCUCCGUCACCGACUGCCCGACGUUGUCUGCCUCUGUCUUCACCUCUUUCGUUCCCAUCUCGACCACGGUGUGCCCCAUCACCUUGACGUCCUCGUACACCAGCAACGUCACCACCCCAUGGUACCCCACAACCUCGCCAAUCUCCAUCCCCUCAGUUCCGGUUCUCCCAACCCCCAGUACCACAUUGCUUCCAUGGGUCACCUCCUCCUCCACAACGUACUCCAUGUUACCUCCUUCGCCCACCUCGCCGAUUGCAGGCACCACCUCGUCGACAACCUUUGGCACUGGCUUCUCGUCCUUUUCGCUGGUCUGGCCUUCCGGCUACCUUUCGUCGUUUGUGUGGCCUUCGACCAUCGUCUAUACUCACUCGAACACCAUCACACUGGGAGGACCAACGACGUUCGUGACCACCACAUCCACCUCGACAAUGUCGGUUGCUUCUCCCUCGGGCCCCUCCUCCUCUUCCUUGCUGAUCCCGGUAUCUUCUGGUGCUGCAUCCUCUUCUUUGCUCAUCCCAGUAUCUUCUGGUGUUGCCUCCCCUUCGUCACUGACUCCAGUAUCUUCUGGUGUUGCCUCCCCUUCGUCAAUGACUCCAGUAUCUUCUGGCGCCACCUCAGGACUUCCGUUGUCAGGUUACUCUUCGAAGCCAAGUUAUCCUCUAUCGUCCAGGUUCCCGGUGCCGAUCACGUACCCGUCGGGUGUUGAACCAUCGUUGCCUGCGAUCUCAAGCACCUUGUCUUUCGACACGACUGCUUUUCCUUCGGGCUUCUUCCCGUCAACACCCAGCCCUUACUCGGACGUCACUCCUGGUUCGCCCACGGCUACCUCUGGCCUUCCGGUCGCCUCUUCCAACAUUACGGUUGUUUCCUCUGGCCUUCCGGUUGUUUCAUCUGGCCUUCCGGUUGUUUCCUCUGGCCUUCCGGCUGCUUCCUCUGGCCUUCCGGCUGCUUCCUCCGACCUUCCGGUCAGUUCUUCUGACAUCCCGGCUGCUUCUUCUGGCAUCCCGGUUGCUUCUUCUGGCAUCCCGGCUGCUUCUUCUGUCAUCCCGGCUGCUUCUUCUGGCAUCCCGGCUACUUCCUCCGAGCUCCCGGCGGCUACCGGGUCAGUGUCAACCCCAGUGGCCUCGUAUACGCCGGUCACCGUCAUCUCGAUGGACACAUUGACUUCCGGCACCCUGGUUGCCCCGACGUACACUGGUGAUAGCUCGGCGACGCUCCCAGCCUCCAUCGACACUCUGACCUCAUCGGUAUGGUUGACCCCGAUGGUUCCGCCCUAUGUUCCAUCGACGCCAAACGCCACCAGCGUCACAACCGCCUCCAACACUUUGGUCACUGCUGGAAGCACCACUGCGGCACCUGUCACAACCGGAAACGGAAACGUCAGCAGCAUCGUCCUUACUCCGACAGCAACACUGUCUGUGUUCCAGGGACUUGGCACCAAGCACUUGGCUGGCGCCUCUCUCGCGCCCAUUUUCUUCGCUGUCAUGGCAGCUCUCUUCUGA